GGUGUACAUAGACUUAUAAUGUAAUGUUGGUUCCUUCAGUUUCGUUAUGCCACCUGUCUGGACUACUUCCUCAUGUUUGUGGGGUCAAUCUUUGCCAUGGGACACGGAGCGGGAUGGCCUUUGCUCUCUAUUGUAUUUGGGGACAUGACAAACACUUUCAUUCAAGGACCAGGUAACUUUAGCAAUAUGACGAACCCAAACAUCACGGGCAACGAGUUCGAGAAACAGAUGACCAAAUAUGCCCUGUACUAUGUAUACAUUGGUGCAGGUGUGUUUGUGGCUUCAUAUCUCCAGGUUUACUGCUGGACAGCAUCCUGUGAGAGGCAAACACACAAGAUGAAGAAGGCAUUUUUCAAGGCUAUUCUGAGACAAGAGAUUGGCUGGUUUGAUAAACAUGGCAGUGGAGAGCUCACCACAAGAUUGGCCGAUGACUUGGAGAGGGUUCGAGAAGGCCUUGGGGAUAAGUUCAGUAUAUGUCUACAGUGGUUUGCUGCUUUCAUUGCUGGCUUUGUCAUCGGCUUCAUCAAAGGUUGGAAGUUGACCUUGGUGAUGAUGUCACUAAGCCCUCUGCUGGCCAUCUGUGCUAGCUUCAUGGGAAAGUUUGUGGCAUCAUUCACCAAGCGAGAACAAGAGUCUUACGCACAGGCUGGCAAAGUGGCGGAAGAGGUGCUGUCAUGUAUCCGAACAGUUGUCUCCUUCAAUGGGCACAAGAGGGAGAUAGACAGGUAUGCCGUAUCCCUGGAACAUGGGAAGAAGCUGGGCAUCAGGAAGGCCAUGGUGGUAGGGUUUGGUAUAGGCACCACCCUCCUUAUCAUGUUUGGGGCAUAUGGAUUAGCCUUCUGGUUUGGUUCCACAGAGGUGGAUGCAUGGCAGAAAGCUGGGAUGAAAGAAGGUAUUGGCUUGUCACCUGGAGAAGUCUUCACUGUGUUUUUCUGUGUUCUGAUCGGUUCCUUCUCGAUUGGGAAUGCUGCCCCACAUAUCACCACAGUCUCCACAGCUAAAGGGGCAGCUGCUACACUCCUGGAAAUCAUUGAUAAUAAACCAUCUAUUGAUAGUAGUUCCCCUGAGGGAGAUCGUCCCCGGGACGUGACAGGAACUAUCGACUUCGUGGGUGUAAACUUUGCCUACCCCACCAGGAAGAAGGUCCAGGUUCUGAAGAACUUUAACCUGUCUAUCAAGCCUGGUCAGACAGUGGCCCUGGUGGGUUCCAGUGGCUGUGGCAAGUCCACCUGUGUAAACCUGAUCCUCCGCUUCUAUGACCCAGUGUCUGGAUCUAUUUACCUGGACGGCCACAGUCUGCAGGACCUGAACGUGGCCUGGCUGCGGCGUAAGAUAGGCGUGGUAUCUCAGGAGCCUGUUCUGUUUGGCUGCACCAUCGAGGAGAACAUUUUGUUGGGCAGAGAAAACGUGACAAUGGACGAAGUGAUAGCGGCUGCCAAGAUGGCCAACGCUCAUGACUUCAUCUCUGCUUUACCUGAGGGUUACCAGACUCUUGUUGGGGAGAGAGGAGCUCAGUUGUCUGGUGGUCAGAAACAGAGAGUGGCUAUUGCUAGAGCUCUUGUCCGAGACCCCAAAAUUCUGCUGCUAGAUGAAGCCACAUCAGCUCUAGACUCUGAGAGUGAAGGAGUUGUACAGGCAGCACUGGACAAGGCCAGCCAGGGGAGGACAACUCUGGUGAUUGCUCACCGCCUGUCAACAGUACGCAAUGCCGAUGUGAUAUACGUGCUGGAUGAGGGACAGAUCGUUGAGGAAGGGAAACAUGAGGAACUGAUGGAAAAGAAAGGAGCAUACUAUCAGCUGGUCACACUUCAGACGUUUGAACAAGACAGUAAUCCACAGGCAGCUGAAAAUCAUGAGGAUGGUGGUGAAGAGACUACCGAGGAGAGAGGGUUGGUAAAGCGGUCCCUUAGUCGCCAAGGCAGUCGGAAAGAGAAAGCCAUUCUGAAACGUCAGCUGUCACGCAAAAUUUCCAAAGUGGAAAAUGUGGCUGAAGAAGAAGAAGAAGACGUGGACAAGCCUGGUUUUUGCAGAAUGUUCAAGGAAAACAAACCUGAAUGGCCAUUUGUUCUGUUGGGAUGUAUAGCUGCUGCCAUUAAUGGCUGUACCAUGCCGCUGUUUGCUGUUUUCUUCAGCGAAGUUGUCAAGGUUUUCCAAAAGACUGGAGAAGAGAUGAGAAGUUCUGCUACCUUCUGGAGCUUGAUGUUUGUGGCCUUAGGUGGUGUAAACUUUUUAGCCAAUUCUAUCCAGUCGACAAUGUUUGGAAACUCGGGUGAGAGACUGACAAUGAGGCUGCGACUGAAGACUUUCCAGAACAUCAUUCGCCAAGACAUUGGCUGGUUUGAUGACCCCAAACACAGCACAGGGGCACUGACCACCCGACUGGCUACAGACGCACCCAUGGUCAAGAAUGCAACUGGCAUUCGAUUGGCCACCAUUAUCCAAUCGGCAGUAAGCUUAGUAGCAGGCCUGGUGAUUGCAUUUAUAUUUGGCUGGGAGUUGAGUCUGGUUGUGAUGGGGACAGUCCCUAUCCUAGCUAUAGCAGGGUUCAUACAGAUGAGGGUUGUUCAAGGUAACCAGAAGAGAGACUCAGGACUGAUGGAGGAUGCAGGGAAGAUUGCUAGUGAAGCCAUUGACAACGUAAAGACGGUUCAGUCCUUGACGAAGGAGUUACACUUCUAUGACAAGUACUCCAAUUUCCUACAAAAACCUUACAAAGAAAACCUGAAGCAGGCCUUGGUGUAUGCGCUGGCAUUUGCGUUCUCUCAAGGCAUCAUUUUCAUGCUGUAUGGUGGGGCCUUCAGAUUCGGGGCCUAUAUGGUGACCCUGGGGAGAAUGUCUGGUGACGAGGUUUACAGAGUGUUCUUUGCCAUCACAUUCACUGGACUAGCCGUUGGUCAAGCGUCUUCGUUCUUACCUGACUACUCCAAGGCCAGACUAGCAGCUGGACACAUCUUCAGACUUCUGGACACUGUGCCGCUCAUUGAUAUUUACUCAAAGAAAGGAUGUUUUGUGACUGAUGUUGUGGGAGACAUUGUCCUGAAGGACGUGAUAUUUCGCUAUCCCUCCCGUCCCAAUGUCCCUGUUCUCACAAAUAUGGACCUCUCCGUAAAGGCGGGGCAGACUGUGGCGUUGGUCGGCGUCAGCGGGUGUGGCAAGAGCACAGUUGUGUCCCUUCUUCAGCGGUAUUAUGACCCUAUGGGCGGGGAAAUAAUCGUGGAUGGAACAAACAUCAAAGACCUCAACCUGGGUACGUAUCGCUCGUUCCUCAGCGUGGUCAGUCAAGAACCCAUCCUCUUUGAUCUGACUAUCUUUGACAACAUCAUCUAUGGACUGGAACGUGAGGUCAGCAUGGCCGAAGUCAUCGAGGCCACGAGGACGGCUAACAUCCAUGAGUUCAUUUCCAGUUUGCCACUGGGCUAUGACACCAUGGUAGGUGAGAAAGGAACACAGUUGUCUGGGGGCCAAAAACAGCGUAUCGCAAUAGCCAGGGCUUUGGUGCGCAAUCCCAGAAUCCUCCUGCUGGAUGAAGCCACAUCAGCUCUGGAUACAGAGAGUGAGAAGCUGGUUCAAACUGCCCUGGACUCCGCUCAGGAGGGAAGAACUUGUAUUGUCAUCGCUCAUCGUCUGUCCACGAUUCAGAAUGCAGACAUCAUCUUCCUGAUAGAAGGAGGAAGGAUCAUCGAGAGAGGAACUCAUGCAGAACUCGUCGCGGCCAAGGGAGCUUACUCUGCUCUUGUUAGUGGACAGCAAAUUAGAAAAUAA